AACGGACAUGCAAAACAUUUUAACUUGGUGCACGCGCGAACGCGACAAGUUAUUGAAAGAGCAUUUGCCUUGCUAUUGGGACGCUUUCGACGUCUCAAACACUUAUUUUUGCAGAACAUUGAAUAUGCUGCACUCAUCAUUUUGGCGUGCUGUUGUCUGCACAACAUUUGCAUAUCUUUAAAUGAUGAAUUCGAUGUGGAGGAUAUUGAUGAAAAUGUUAAUGUUCCAUGUGACGUGAAUGUUCCUGAAAAUGUUCCUGAAGACGUUCCUAAUGAUGCAGUGUCAGGAAAUGUCCAAUUUGACCCGGAAAUAAAACGCCGAAUCAUUACCGACUCAUUAUAUGGGAGAAUGUAAUUAUUUUUUUUAUCGCCCGCGUAAAGCGCCCCAGGAUAAAAAAAAAUUGAGAAAUUUUUUUAUAUUCUUUCGCCGCCGUUAUUUAAAAACUUGAAAUGAAAAAUCGCGUUGUUUAACUUAUAAAAAAAUGUAAAUAAUAAAUAUGUUUAAUAAAAUUGAUAUAAUAAACUUUGUA